UUUCGAAUUGCAGAAAUGAAUACUGUUCUGUUGAUUUCUCUUGCUCUGGUCUUGGUUCCUUUAGCCACAUCCACGACCAGUCUGAUUCGCUGCCGUGUUCAAGCUUUGGCUAAUUGCGAUCGAACCAAAAAAGUAUGUCUUCGUUUCUCUCGUACAAAUCUCUGUGAACUCUUUCGAAACGAGUGCCAACAAAAAUUGGCCAACUGCAAUAACAACGGAGGCCUAACACAAGCAUUUUACGAAAAAGCUAAUUUGAAAUAUUGCAAAGGACUGUCGAUGAAUCAAAGGUUACCCUGUGCUUCAAUUCAAACCUAAUAGAAAUGUUUAAGUUUAUAUAUUGUUAUAU